AUGGCGACGGUGAUGUGGUGGAUUGGGGAUUUAUUUGCUGUAAUCCACUAUUUGAAACAAAAAUCCCUAGUUCAUUGUGACAUCAAACCAUCAACCAUCCUACUUGACAAAAACUACGUAUUGAAACUUAGCGCUUUUGGAAAUUAUCGAGAGCAAGAGGAAAAAUCGAGGAUCACGUUUAAAAGCGAUAUGUUCAGCGCGGGUGUUACUUUGUGGGAGAUGAUCGAAAGAAGAUCUCCAACUUUCUCGGCCAACUAUCAAAUCGAGAAACUGCAAGCGGCAGAGAAAGAUAUUGAGGAGAUUUUUAUGAGCUGUGUCGAUGAAGACGCACAGAAGCGUCCUUUGCCUGCUGAAGCUCAAAAGCAAGUGAGCAAGAUUCAGAAAAUAUUCGAAACCGUUUUUCAAGUGACUCCUCGACGCCGACCGGAAAAUAGUUCAUUGGUUAUGCCUGACGGUUAUGACCAAGAGAUUGUUGAAAUCUUCAAAGACAAUUCCUCUACAACUUAUUGGGAGUACAAAAGCACUACCGGUAUGGAACCCGAAGCGUUCGAGCAACUUGAUUCAGGAUACCAAACUGAUAGUUCGGCUCCAAAGAAUUGGCUCCAAAGUACCCCAAAAGUACCCGGAAAGCCACCACAAUCACAUAAUCUUGUUUCAGAAAAAGUCCUUGAUGUUGCCCUGAAAGAGGACUUUCUGAAAACGGCUCUACAAGAGGAUUUAAUGCACACGGAAAUGACUGCCUGCCUCAAGCUCUUGGAAAGCGGGACGAAUUGGAGAGUUCCGUUUAUAACUGAUGACUUCAUGUACCCUGAGCCCGAAACUCCAGGUUUAUGGUGGUCAAUUCAAGAAGAUGUGCCAAAGUUUUCUUGUGCCGGCUUCGACAGCUUUCCUACAAUGCUCGAGCUUUCAUAUGAGAAAAUGGUGAUUAUUGGACGAGGGACAUUUGGUGAUGUUUAUCGACUUAAGGGCAUGGAUGAUGUGUCGAUUGCUGUCAAAAUUUUUGUUUAUGAGCACAUUUCAUGGACAGAUGAAGUUUAUCGAAAUUUGAACGCUAUAAAAAACUUAAAAGAUUCAAAUCUUGUCGAAUAUUUUGAAGUGAGCGAUAGAUAUGUCGAAGGCGGAAGAAUUUAUUUUGGAAUUUUUAUGGAAUAUUUCGAGUAUGGUGAUCUAUUAAAAUUUAUCAUGAAACCUUCAUGGGUUUAUAUGAUGGUCAACGUUUUUGAAUGGGCUGUUCACCUUUUUAGUGCUAUUUCUUUUUUGGAGCAACAUCAAUUGAUUCAUUGGAAUAUUAAAACGUCAAAUGUUUUGAUGGGAAAGAGUUUUAUUCUAAAAUUGGGUGGAUUUGAAAUGAUUGAGAGUUUUGACAAAGCUGACUUACAAAGAUCUAAAGGAACCGAACGAUACAUGAGUCCUGAAGUGCUUUUUGGUCCAAAAUUUUCCGAGAAAAGUCACGUAUGGGCAGUUGGUCUCACCUUAUGGGAAACAAUUCAACGAAGAUGCAUUUUCACAAAGCCUAGCGAAUUCCAAGGUUACAUGACCCCUAGCAGUCUCACUGAUUUAAAAGAGCAAGUCAUUCUGGAACUUGAAACCUUGUCUUGUCUUGAUGACUUCAAAAGAAUCAUUGAAAGAUGCCUUGACUUGGAACCUUCCUCACGAAUUGAAGCAAAUGAUGCUUUGCAAAAAAGUCUUGAAAUAAAAAAGAGGAUUGAUGGUUGUUGCCAAGGCAAGGAUGGGCCAAUGGAACUUGUACCAAUGAUGGGAAAGCUUGGUGCACAAAUUAGCACCAGUAUUCAUUGC